AUGGAUGUGUCCGGUCCCGCUGCUGAAACCUCCCCGAUGGAACCCAGCGCUAAGCUCUUCUUCUGUCGCUCUGUGAGGCGUCACAUCCCCCUGGCCUAUAGAGAGGAGACCUACCACAUCCUGUGUAUGACUGGACCCCUGGUAGCAUCCCGAAUCCUGAAUUACCUUCUUCCGUUUGUCGUGACGAUGUUUUGUGGUCGUCUGGGAAACAGUGUUUUGGCUGGUUAUGGGAUGGCGUCAGCAUUCAUUAACAUAACAACUGCAGCAACGGGCGGUGGACUAGCCUUGGCGUGUGACACACUGGUCUCUCAGACGUUUGGGGGGAAAAACCUGUUACGUGUGGGCGUGAUCCUACAGAGGAGCGUUCUGAUUCUGCUCCUCUUCUGUCUGCCGUGCUGGGCCCUGCUCAUCAACACACAGGCUGUUCUUCUGCUUCUGGGCCAGGAACCGGAGGUGGCCAGAAUAGCUCAGUUAUACGUUGUUGCAUACCUGCCCGCGGUACCGGCUAUGUUCUUGCAUCAGCUGCAAGUUGCUUAUCUUCAAAACCAGGGGAUAAUUCUGCCACAGAUGUAUGCAGCUGUGUUGGCUAACAUUGCCAACGUGGUAACAAACUAUAUCCUGCUCUUCUGGCUGGACCUAGGAGUUUACGGUUCUGCUGCUGCCAACACCAUCUCUCAAAUUUACAUCUGUGUGAUUUUAUUCGCUUAUAUUCGCUGGAAGAAUCUGCACACUGGAACGUGGGCGGGCUGGAGUAUUGAAUCUCUGCAGGAGUGGGGAUCCUAUAUGAAAUUAGCCAUUCCCAGCACAAUGAUGCUUUGCUUUGAGUGGUGGAUUUAUGAACUUGGAGGCUUCUUAGCCGGACUGCUGAGUGAGAUCGACCUGGCCGCCCAGCAUUCUGUUAUAAUGCUGGCUUUCAUCAACUACAUGUUCCCUUUAGGCAUCCAAGGAGCGGCGUGCGUCCGUGUGGGAAACGCUUUGGGAGCCGGCGACACUGCGGCCGCUCUCCUCACAUGCAAAGUCUCGUACACAUGCACAGCUGCUCUAGCUGUGCUUCAGGGCAUUGUGCUGGCCUCAACAAAAACAGUCAUCGGUUUCAUAUUCACAUCUGAUGUGGAAAUUGCAGGUCUGGUCUCUAAGCUAAUGAACGUCUAUUGCGUUCUCCAGUUCUUUGAUGGUCUGGUGUGUGUGAGCAUGGGAAUUUUGUUGGGCUCAGGACAGCAGAAGAUUGCCGCUGUGGCAAAUCUCUUUGGUUACUACUGCAUUGGUCUUCCUCUGGGCGUCUCGCUCAUGUUUGCAGCAAAACUACAAGUUGUUGGUUUUUGGUUAGGUCUGUUCCUCUCUGUCAUUGUUCAAUCAACUUUUUUCAUCACAGUCAUUUCCAAACUAAACUGGCAGAGAGUCACAAAGGAGGCGGUUGAACGUGCUGGAAAGAACAGACAGGCUGCUGUGCUGGCGCCGGUUCCUGAAAGGGAACUCAGUCACCAGUUCUCACCGGAGAACAUGAACCCUACGGAACGCAUAGAGAGGAAUGGUGAGAGCACUAAUGGGUACAUGCCAGUGAGCUCUGAGGAGCGAGAGGAGAACAGAGGGAGAGCUGUGACACAGGAGGUGUCGAGAACGGAUCAGGAUCAGGACGGAGAGACGCCCAAAGGACGUCUCUCCGUCUCUCAGCUCAUCAUUAGGAGAGGUUUGACCACUCUGGUCGCCCUCCUCAUCCUCGCUAUGGGAACAGCUGUCCACCUCAUCCUGCCUCUGCCUGAAGUGUCCAAUUCAACUGUAGCUAACGACACUCUGGACUUUGGGAAUUCAACCACGUUCUCUCCUCUCGUCCAUUCAACACAAGUCAUGUAAAACCACAGACGCCGCAUCUUUAUUCAUUUCCUCUGCUCUUUGUGCAUCCAGACGUUUCAUUUGUGAGAGCAAGAUUCACAGAUUGUCAAAAAUGGUUAAUCAUGUAAUUCAAACAUGGAAAUUUCAUGAAAAGUAAACAAUUUU